CGCGGCCCCGCACCGCACAACGGCUCACCCCAAAAGCCAACAAACCCAGCCAGCGCUCCCUUUCCGCCUCCCCAAACCAAAGCACCUCCCCGGCCUCCGUCCUGUCCCCCCGCAAAACCCUAGCACCGAACCCGCGUCGGCUCCAACAACAUGAAGGGCAAGGCCGACACCUCCAGCAAGGGCGAGGGCAGGCUCAAGGCCGCCGGCGGUGCCAGCAAGCGGAAGAAGGCCGCUGCUGCCAGCGGCAAGCCCAAGCGCCCGCCCUCCGCCUUCUUCGUCUUCAUGUCUGAAUUCAGGCAGGAGUACCAGGCAGAGCACCCUAACAACAAAAGCGUCGCCAACGUGAGCAAGGCGGCAGGCGAGAAGUGGCGAUCUAUGUCCGAUGCAGACAAGGCACCUUAUGUGGAGAAGGCUGGACAGAAGAAGCAGGACUAUGAGAAGACCAAAGCCACAUUUGAUAAAAAGGAGAGCACAAGCUCCAAGAAGACCAAGACUCAGGAUGACGAGGGCUCUGACAAGUCCAAAUCUGAGGUCGAUGAUGAGGACGCUGGUAGCGACGAGGAAAAUGAUGAAGAUGACGAGUAAAUAGUGUAUCUCAGCAUGAGGUAGCAAAUUGGGUGUUGGGUCCCCGGUUAGUUUACUAGUUUGCUAUUCUCAAUGUUAGAUGUUGGAACUUGAAGUAGGAGUGUGUUUCUGCGUGAAGGGGCCCCUCUUAGAGUUGUACUCAGUUUGAGAAGAUGUUUUAGUAGUGUAUUAGCAAAGAAAAAGCCGAAUGCUACUAGCUGUUCUGUUGCUUUUCUUUUGGUAAACGCUGGUGUAAAACUUGUUUCGUUCGCUAAUCCCAUUACUAUCCGGCCAUUGGCUUUUAGUUAAUUAUUAUAUCUCACA